AUGGCUUUCAAAGGAGAACAUCGGGCAAUUCUAAUCGCCAAUAUACUCAUUGUUGUAGCCAUUUCAAUAUUUUCGUCCGGAUUUUUUCCCUACAAGUCCUUACUUCCAGGACUGGCCACAUUUGCUGAGACCAAUAUUGGCACUGUGGCACCAAAAGUCUUUGAUAGAGUGAUUUUCAUGGUGAUUGAUGCUUUGCGCAGUGAUUUCGUUUAUUCGAAGACUUCCGGAUUCUCUUUCACCCAAAGCCUAAUCCGUUCCGGAGCGGCUCUACCUUUCACGGCCCAUGCCAGCUCUCCAACGGUCACUAUGCCACGGCUUAAGGCCAUGACAACUGGCUCCGUGCCGUCCUUCUUGGACGUCAUAUUGAACAUCGCAGAGUCUGAUACGUCUUCUACCCUUGCAUAUCAAGAUACAUGGCUAGCGCAGAUAAAGGCGCAGGGAGGUCAGCUUGUUAUGUACGGCGAUGACACUUGGAUCAAGCUAUUUCCGGGAGUCUUUGAUAGGUGUGACGGGACUACUAGUUUCUUCGUAUCGGAUUUCACUGAAGUAGAUCACAACGUUACUCGCCAUGUCCCGCGGGAGCUAUCAGAGCGCGAUUGGUCAGCCUUCAUAAUGCACUUUUUGGGAUUGGACCAUAUUGGUCACAAAGCUGGCCCUAAGAGUCGACAUAUGAUGACAAAACAACGAGAGAUGGACUCGAUCGUUGCUCUAAUUUAUGCCGCAAUGGAGGAACAGGAACAUCUUCAGUCGACCCUGUUUGUUCUGUGCGGAGAUCAUGGCAUGAACGAUGCCGGGAAUCAUGGUGGCUCGUCACCAGGAGAAAUUUCGCCCGCCCUGCUUUUCAUUUCACCGAAAUUUCAGACUAAAACAACCCCGGAAGACAGUCCAGUUGAAGCAUUUAGUGACUUGCAAUACUAUCGGACUGUCGAGCAGGUGGAUAUCACGCCGACUCUGGCAGGGCUCCUUGGUUUACCUAUUCCGCUGAAUAGUCUCGGCGUUUUCAUACCAGAGUUUCUAAUGAUGUGGGAUAAUGAUGCUCACAGAAUUGAUAUCCUGCUUCGAAACGCCAAGCAGAUGCUUAGCGCAAUGAAGGGGACCUUUCCCGAUCUAGAUGUUGAAGCAAUUACUCCUCCUCACGGCUGCGACAAGCAUGUUCUAAGAUCUGCCCAGGACGUGAUGAGCAGCACUGCCAGCAAAUACAAUACAACAAGACUUUAUUUGGGCUUGUUCGUCGCGGCUCUUGCUGUCUUACUCUCUUUUUUUCCAGCAUAUGGAUUGGGCUCAAAGUAUAGCUAUGCUGUGACAUUUCUCAUGUUGAUCAUUAUAAGCUACGGUGGUAUGAUGUUUGCCAGCAGCUACGUGGAGGAAGAGCAACAGUUCUGGUAUUGGGUCGUCACGGCAUGGACUGUGUAUUUGCACAUCAAAUCACUCCGCCCAUGGCAUGGCUCAAAAGAUACUCGACGCUGGAAUCAAACAGGCCAAAAAUUUGCUGCUGAGCCAGAUAUUGCGCGAGAUUUCUUUCCUCGCCAUCAGAAUAUCUUGUGGGCCUUGAUUAUACUGACUUACUUUGAUACAUGCAUGCAUCUUUGUCUCAAUUCACACUCGAGUAAUAUCUGGCGUUCUGCAGCUAUACUGACGACAAUAGCGGCCUUCUUUUUCAAGCUGGUUUUCGUGGCGUCCGACUCUCCCGAGCUUCUUUACGAGUCUCUCCUAUCACCCAUACAGAAAAGCCUUGAAGAGAUGCCAUUGGUUCCACCUGCAAGACUCUCAAAAGCCGUCAAUAUCCCGAUCUUUCUGAUGUUUCGACUGCAGGCUAUUAUUCUUGAUUUUCUGAAAAUGAGCGCUAUUGAAGUGACCCUUACGUCCUUGCUUUCGCAGAAUAUGACAUUUUUUGCAUUUGGAGGUUCGAAUGCAAUAUCUUCUGUCGAUCUUUCCAACGCAUACAACGGGAUUGGCAGUUAUAGUGUUGUGCUAGUUGGAGUCUUGACAUUCAUAAGCAAUUGGGCUGGGCCCAUAUGGUGGGCAUCCGCUGCUCGGCUUCUCUACUCAAAUCCAACCUUUGCGGAAAGAUACGGCCAAAGAACCCUCCUAACCUUCCAUGCUGCAACGUCUUUGAUGUCCGUUAUGGCGGCUUGUACAAUGUUACGGACACAUCUUUUCAUUUGGACAGUCUUUUCACCAAAAUAUCUUUAUACAUUGGCUUGGACUAUUCUCAACCAUAUGUUCAUCAAUUUACCUGCUACGGCGAACGUGUCGCAAGUUUUGAACUGGCAAUAUGCGUUUCAUUCAGUUGCUUGUCGUUAA